GAGAGAGAGAGAGACCGGCACCCGUUUAAACUCAAUAUGGAACAUUUACCUGAUACACAAAUUCUGGCUUCAGAACUUGAAAGUACUCUUAUUAAGUACUACAACAUCGGGGAGGAUGAAUGGAGAAUUGGAAAGAAAACUGUGGAUGUCACUGUUUGGAGAAAACCUUCUGAAGAAUUUGGUGGAUUUCUAUAUAAAACUCAAGGGAUUGUGAAGGAAACUCCAAACAGGAUAGUGGAUUACAUUCGUCCUGGCCCACACCGGUUACAAUGGGAUAGUUUAAUGACCACUUUGGACAUUGUUGAGGAAUUCCAACAGCAAGGUUGCUGUAUGAUGCAUUACACGACGGCUGGACAGCUCUGGAAUAUCAUUUCUCCACGAGAGUUCAUCGACUUCUCCUAUACCACUGAUUAUAAGGAUGGACUGCUGUCUUGUGGAAUCAGUGUUGAGUCUGAGGAAAAACAAUCCAAUUUUGUUCGUGGAUUUAACCAUCCAUGUGGAUGGUUUUGCAUUCCCUUGAAGAGCAACCCUGAACGUAGUAUCCUGACUGGUUUCAUUCAGUCUGAUCUCCGUGGAAUGCUGCCACAGUCAGUAGUAGACUCUGCCAUGGCAAAUUCAUUAGUCAACUUCUAUAAAGAGCUCAGGAGUGGUUUGAAAGCCAAGAUCUAAGAUGUACCAACCACUUGUUUUUUUUUAAAUAUAGUAGCUAUGGACUAUCUUGAUUUUUAAUUUUCCUGUUCUUUCUUACUACCAAAUAUCUGGUUAAUAUAGAUGUGCAAUAAUACCUGCCAGUGUAAAGAAGCAAUUUUUAAAAUUGUAUCAGUUCUGGAUCUGUAUAUUUCUGUCUGAAGUCAAUAGUAAUCACUUUGCAUCCAAUUAAUUUUAGAUCUGAUGUUUUGAGUGCCUUGUUUAAUUCCAUGUGUUGAUCCUCAGUUUUAGGGUAAGAGGACUUUAUUAGCUCAUCAUGACCCUAGAACUGCUCCAACUUCAUUAUUAUAUUGGGCAGGCGGAAAGGUUACCAGAGGUUAUCUACGAUGGUAAUAGACUGUUUUGGUUGAAUCAUGGCAUGCAAUGUAUUAGUAUGUAUUGAUUAUUUUGGGUUGGGGUUUAUCAGUGUUGAUAGUAAGUUGUUCAAUGAUCUGACUACUCUGGAUCACCAAAAUCAAGAUUGAUUUUGCUGAAGCAAUUUUUGGAUUCCCUGGAAGGAGUCUAUCUAUGCCUGAUAGAAAUUAAUUUCCUAAUUCAAAACUAGGAACACAAAUAGUCAUGGAUUAAGUGACCAAAUCAUUUUUUAAAACAUUUUU